AAAGAAGAAAUUCUCAGAUUAACAGCGCCGGCGAUGAUGGCAAUUUCUAGUAUUAACAGACGCGCUCGAACGGUUUAAAAACGGCGCCUUCCUACGAUUCGCACACCAAAGAACCGAUGACACCGUGCCGCUAACCACUAUACGCGUCACACGACCGUACGCGCAUCGAUCGCGACUGGAAAACCCACGAUCGGCACCGACAUUAUACGCGUAUUAUACGACCACCGCGAAUUUCGCGGUGAAAAAUUUUUUUUUCUUUAAAUUUUAUACCGGAAAUCGCCACCGACGCCAGGCGCGUCUCCCACGGAAAUAAGUAACGAUAAUAAUAUAAUAUAUAUUAUACAUACCGCAAAAAUGCCGUCAUCGGCGUCGGGUGCCGCUGCGGCGGCGUUGGCAACGCUCUUCGCCGUGGCCACAGGCGGCUGGUCGGGACCUGUUCCGGCGGAAUGCGCGAGGAUAUUGGCCGUGGAGACGGUUGGCGGCCGGAGCCACUGGAACGUCAUGAGCGGCAUCAUCGGGGCGCUGGUGGACAGCGGGCACGCCGUCACCGCAUUCACGCCCUUCUUGGACGGCGACCGGGCCAACUACACGGAAGUAGACAUAUCCGGCGGGUUUCAGGUGGGCCUGGACUUGGACAUGAUCGACCUCCUGGACUACUUCCGCAACCCGUUCUGGACGUACGGCGCGUUCGUGGAGAUGGGCCGGUCGCAGUGCGACGUGGUCUACGGUCACGCGGAGAUGAAACAACUGCUCCGCGACCCCGCAGGCUUCGACGCAAUCAUCAUCGAAUCGUUUUGGUCCGAGUGCAUGUCGUACGCAGCCGCCCGGCUCGGCUUGCCGCUCAUCUACGUCACGCCGCUGCCGCUGAUCGCGUUCAUGGAGCGCGCCACCACCGGUCACGUGUCCAACCCCGCGUUCGUUUCCAACCUGAUGAUCGGGCACGCCGUUCCCUCGACAUUCGGCCAGAGGCUGACUAACGCGGCGCUACAGGUGUUCGGCUCGGUUGUGCAACGGUACAAAGAGUUCGAGCUUAAGUACACCGGACCACCCAAGGAGUACGAUCUACUCGAUCCCGUCCCGCCGUCCCUGGUGUUCGUCAACAGGCAUUUCAUUAGCGACGCUCCGAGCCCGGUGCCUAGGAACGUCGUUGACGUGGGCGGAAUCCAUCUGAAGGCGGCCAAGAGUUUGCCAAAGGAUGUGUUAGAAUUCAUCGAACAAUCACCUCACGGAGUAAUUUUUUUCACACUUGGUUCUACCGUAAAAAUGUCUACGAUACCAGAAAUUGUAAAAAACAAGUUGAUAAAAGCACUCGCGCGCGUCCCGCAAAGAGUGUUGUUGAAGUACGAAGUUGAAAUGGACAACAAACCGGAAAACAUAAUGAUGAAACAAUGGUUUCCCCAACGCGAUAUACUUUUGCACCCCAAUGUGAAACUGUUCAUCAGUCACGGAGGUAUAUCUGGAAUAUACGAAACCGUGGACGCUGGUGUCCCAGUUCUCGGAUUUCCUUUGAUCGGCGACCAGCCGAGAAACAUUGACAACCUGGUGAACGCUGGCAUGGCUAUUUCUAUGGACCUACUGUCCGUCACCGAAGACUUAUUCUUAAACACCGUCUUAGAACUGCUCAACAACAAAAAGUACUCGGAGAACGCUAAAAACGCCAUGAAAAUAUUCAAAGAUCGACCCAUGUCACCCAAAUCGUCGGUCGUUUACUGGACGGAGUAUGUUCUACGUCAUCGCGGAGCACCGCACUUGAAGUCUCGCGCACUUAAUCUGACGUGGUAUCAAUAUUACUUGUUGGACGUGAUGGCUUUCGCGUUCGCAUGCAUAUUCUUCGCCGUUUUUGUAAUCUACAAUAUUUUCAAAUGCGCUGCGCGCGUUAUGUGUACAAAAAUGUCGAAUCACUUGUGGGACGUCAGAGUGAAACGCGAAUGAUUUGAAUAAUUUCAAUCCAUAGUAAUGACAUUGUAAUGGUAUUGAAUUACUCGAUCUCGUUUAUUAAGUAUUAUAGUUUCCUAGUUCGUACGGUGUAUGAUAAAUUAAUAAUAACCGUUUGAUUCCCAUCUGCGCACAUGACGUUCUAUUAACAAUUUUUUUAACUCUUUUUAAUUUUUAGAUGUUUACCUAUUGAUCGAAUAACAUUUUUAAAUUAUCUUCAAAACUGAACGAAAUAUUAUUUUUAAAGCUGCAAAUCACUAGUUACUAUAUUGACUUUGCAGUUGUUAAAUUGUCACUUGUUGUACGCGUCGGUCAUAUUGUACGAUGUAUAGUGUAUAUAAAUAUAAACUAUUUAG